UACCUGUCAGAUAGGCUACCAUACAGGAAGAGGGCGUGUUUGUGAUGACACUCUGGGGGAAUGCUGCGCAGCUCAGAUCCGACGCACAUUAAUGAAUGCCCGGUCACAGCACAGGUGAGCCAGCCCUUUAGGUUGAUUGGUUUUUAUUUCGUGAUCCGUAAAGACUUGUAACCAGGGCGACAGUAAAAGCAACCUUGUGUUCAGGCAGAGCACUCACCCCACACCUCCAUCACCAAGGACGUACACCGCGCGCAAAGAAGGCUCUCCGCUCCGGGUUAAAGCAUGAAGGUGCAGCUGGUGCUACCUGUGGUGAUCAUGACGUCUGUGGCUCUGAUGGGGGUCAUGAAAUUACGGCAAAAGGAGCAGGACAAAGAGGACAGACGGAAAAGGUUUCAGGAUAUCAAGCUGCGGGUGACCUACGAUGUGCUGCAGGAGUACGAGGGCGAGAAGGCGCAGCAGCAGAACCUGCUGGAGAAGACGCGGAGUGACGAGAAGGCGCUGUCGGAGGAAGUGAUCAAGCUCGAGACCCGAGCAGACAAGGCGAAGGGCGACGUGGGCGUCUGCACGGGUGAACAGAAAUCUGCCAGAGAUGAGCUGGCAGCACUCGAGGCCGAUCUCAGUCAUCUCCAAGCUGACAAUGACAAGGAGAAGACCAGCUGGACAGCAGAAGUGGAAACACUGACACAGCAGCUAGCAGCACCGAGUGGAGUGUGUGGCUUCUUGAAAGCUGGAGCACCUGAAGAAGUAAGCAAGCUGUGUGGCAAGGAAGUAGCUGCAGAGGCCCCUAAACAAGAGGAGCCAAAGGCAGAGGCCCCGAAACAAGAGGAGCCUAAAGCAGAAGCCCCUAAACAAGAGGAGCCAAAGGCAGAGGCCCCUAAACCAGAGGAGCCUAAAGCAGAGGCCCCGAAACAAGAAGAAGCAAAGGCAGAGGCCCCGAAACAAGAAGAAGCAAAGGCAGAGGCCCCGAAACAAGAAGAAGCAAAGGCAGAGGCCCCUAAAAAAGAAGAAGCAAAGGCAGAGGCUCCUAAGAAGCGAUAAGGUAUUACAACCUGUGUUUUUGACUCUACAACUCUUCCUCUGUUAAAAAAAGACAAAACAAAAACCAUUUUUGAUAUUUUGCAACCAGAUUCUAGCACGUUGCUUUACUGGGUCGAUGUCACGUGUGGUACUUGUACAGGUAGGAGCCUCAAGAAGAACUGCUUAGUUCCCUUAUUGGGAUGUUUAUUUCAUCUGUUAUUUGUUUUUAUGCAACAAAAUUAAGAAUGAAGUUACAUUUUGAUGUUGGCAUUUGUGGGGUUUUUUUGUGUGUGUGAGUAUGUUGGUGCAACAUGCUUUUGUAAUGAACAGAUUGUGUUAUAAUGCAAAUAUUUUCUGCCGGCCAGGUUCAAGAGACAUUUAUUGUAAUUAUAAGGCAAUGUAAGAAAUCACUGACUAAAUAGUGAUAAAGUGAUGUAUUUAAAGCCGUCUGCUCUGCUUCACGUCAUGUUGAUAUUGUUCAGUUUCUUUUUCGGUGGCAAGAUUGUUUGUCUGCCAUAAUGCAGUUUGUUUAUGGCACAGAGAAAAUAAAUACAAAGCUGUGAACCAACUUACUUUUCUGAAAAAAUUAAAAUAAAAAAAUAAGAGGGUAUGUGUACAAUAAUUUGUCAAUAAUGUACACACUUUGAGUUUAAUUUAAAUUAAGUAAUGAAAAACUGGGUUGUUAGUACACAGUAACAUGUCUAAUGUACACACUUUAACUUAAAUUUAAAAAAUAAUAAAGUGGGUUGUUUGUAUACAGUAACUUGUCAAUAAUGUACACACUUUGAGUUGAACUUAAAUUAAAAAAAAAAACAAUAAUAAAAAGUGGGUUGCUUUUACACAGUAACUUGUCAAUGAUGUAAACACUUUGGGUUUAACCUAAAUAAAUAAAUAAUAGGGUUGUUUGUAUACAAUAACUUGUCAAUAAUGUACAAAAUUUGAGUUUAACUUAAAUUUAAAAAAAAUUAAAAAGUGGGUUGUUUGUACAACAACUUGUCAAUAAUGUACACACUUUGAAUUUAACUCAAAUUUUGAAAAUAAAAUAAAAAACAAUAACCUGUCAAUAUUGCACACACUGAGUUUAUUUAAAUUCUAAAAAUAACAAUAAAAAAAGUGUUGUUUGUAUACAAUAACUUGUCAAUGUUGCACACACUGAGUUUAUUUAAAUUAUAAAAAUAAAAAAGUGUUGUUUGUAUACAAUAACUUGUAAAUAUUGCACACACUGAGUUUAUUUAAAUUAUAAAAAUAAACAGGGUUGUUUGUAUACAAUAACUUGUAAAUAUUGCACACACUGAGUUUAUUUAAAUUCUAAAAAUAACAAUAAAAAAGUGUUGUUUGUAUACAAUGACUUGUAAAUAUUGCACACACUGAGUUUAUUUAAAUUAUAAAAAUAAACAGGGUUGUUUGUAUACAAUAACGUCAAUAUUGCACACAAUGAGUUUAUUUAAAUUCUAAAAAUAAAAAUAAAAAAGGUGUUGUUUGUAUACAAUAACUUGUCAAUAAUGUACACACUUUGAGUUUAACUGAGAAAAAUCUAAUGAAAUAAAUCGUCCUUGAUGACCAUUCAGUGUAAGCAUGAUCAACUAGCUUAUGUUAUUCAUGUGGGCAGUGGUGGAAAAAGUAUUAAAAUCCUCAACUUAAUUUAAAGUAGAAAUAGGCUUAUCACAAUUUAAAAUACACUCCAUUAUAAGUAAAAGUGCAUAAGUAUUAUCAGAAAAAUACAUUCACAAUAUAAGAGAAAAGGUACUUAUUAUAUAGGGUCACCCUUUCAUGGCAUUAUGGUUUAAAGGUUCUAAAUAUGACAUUCAGAGCAUGAGACAGCAGCAAACAAGUAUCUGCUAUAUAAAGAUUUUGGAGUAGUGGCAUCCUGAGCAGAGAAUGAAGUCACACUCUGUCUGUGUGUGUUGUAAUCCGAGUUUCUCUGUGGUUUGUUGUAAUAGAUGGUCUGGCCGUGCAUGCAUGUUAGUGCAUGUGAGUCCUUGUGUGUGCUGAAAUCAAGAAAUGUGUUUCUGUCACCUGAAAAUGAGCUGUUUAUAUGUGUAUACGGAGCACAGAGUCCAACGUGUUGUUUCUACAGUAGCCCAGAACAGAAAAACCAGACACUGGCUUUAGAGAUGGCCUUUUGUGUUUUGUGUUUUCAUGUUUUCGCAUCGAUCACUGUACUUUUCCUACACGCUUGGCGUUUCAGUUGCAACCAACUGAAGAGAAUUUUAGGCAAGCUAUAAGAAAUGAUUGGCAAAUAGUCCCUCAUACAUCAAAACUAAUGCAGUGCUGUCCUUUUACAGCCAGCAGCCACUUAUAAGGUACACCUGUUCAACUGCUCAUUAUAAUAGCUAACCAGCCAAUCACUUGGCAGCAACUCAAUGCAUUUAGGCAUGUAGACAUGGUCAAGACGACCUGCUGAAGCUCAAACCGAGCAUCAGAAUGGGGAAGAAAGGUGAUUUAAGUGACUUUGAACGUGGAAGGGUGGUUGGUGCCAGACGGGCCGGUCUGAGUAUUUACUGGGAUUUUCACACACAACCAUCUCUAGGGUUUACAGAGGAUGGUCCGAUAAAGAGAAAAUAUUCAGUGAGCAGCAGUUCUCUGGGAACAGGAAACUGAGGCUACAGUUCACACAGGCUCACCAAAACUGGACAAUAGAAGAUUGGAAAAACGUUGCCUGGUCUGAUGAGUCUGGAUUUCUGCUGCCACAUUCAGAUGGUAGGGUCAGAAUUUGGUGUAAACAACAUGAAAGCAUGGAUCCAUCCUGCCUUGUAUCAACGGUUCAGGCUGCUGGUGGUGGUGUAAUGGUGUGGGGGAUAUUUUCUUGGCACACUUUGGGCCCCUUAGUACCAACUGAGCAUGGUUUAAACACCACAGCCUACCUGAGUAUUGUUGCUGACCGUGUCCAUCCCUUUAUGACCACAGUGUACCCAUCUUCUGAUGGCUAUUUCCAGCAGGAUAACGCACCAUGUCACAAAGCUCAAUGGCCUCCACAGUCACCAGAUCUCAAUCCAACAGAGCACCUUUGGGAUGUGGUGGAACGGGAGAUUCACAUCAUGAAUGUGCAGCCAACAAAUCUGCAGCAACUGUGUGAUGCUGUCAUGUCAAUGUGGAUCGAAAUCUCUGGGGAAUGUUUCCAGCACCUUGUUGAGUCUAUGCCAUGAAGAAUUAAGGCAUCUAUCUAUCUAUGUAUCUAUCUAUUUUCACAGUGGUAAAUUGUUAUGCAAUCUUCAUCUUGUGCUUCAGUAGUAUUGUAGACAAACUAACAUCUGCUAUCCUAGCCUGAUCAGAUGUAGUGUUUGUAAAUAAAAAAAUGCACACAAA